AAAUAAGAAUGUUAGCAAGUAGUGGCAAAAGUAGAAUCCUUAAUGAAGAUUAAUGCAAAAUUCACAAUAAUGCUUUUGAUUGUGUAAGCUUAAAUAAUACAGACAGGAGAUAAACAUUUAAAGCAUGUGCACUUUGCAAAUAAUAAAGAACAAAGGAAUAGUUUGUCACUUAUAAAGAGAUAUAAAAUAAACUAUAAACAUAAAUCUCAAAUGAUUUAGUUGGAGAAUUCAAAUUAAAAAUGACUCCAUUAUUUAAUGAGACAGAAGAAUUAAGAACAAAAUUACUAUAAUUAGCAGAUGAUAUUCAUGAGAUCUUACUCAAAAGCAUCCAUUCAUUAUUUGUUAAUUGUUUAUUUAAGUAAUUGCCUAAUAAUCUUUUCACAACUGAUGACAUAUUCGAAGUAACAAAUACUAAUUAUCGAAUUCUAGUUGGUGAAUCCAAAAACUAUUGAUGACUUUACUUCGAUAAUUGAUCAAUAGAUUUCAUUUUAGAGAGGAGAUGAAUUAAGUGCAGGUUUAUUGGCUAAAGUGCUCUUUAAUGAUUAAGAGUCGAUGCAAUUUUUAGAUGCUUUAACUGAAACAUCAGGAGUGAAAUAGAAAUUGGAGAAAGUUCAUAGUGAUUUUGUUUAGCAUAAAAAUGAAAUUUCGAAGAGGAUAGAAUAGAUGAGUAAACAAGUAUAGAUCAUAAAUCUUAUUUGAUUUUAGAGCGUAGUAGAGAAACCUAAAGUAGAUUUAAACGAACCUGUACUCUAAUUCUUAAUUGAAAAAAAUAAACAAGAGUAAGAUAAUUCAGUGGAAACUAUAAAAGGAGUAAUAUUAUAUGAGUAUAAACAAAGUUAUAAGGGGAGAAGGACUUUCUAAUUGAACCAAAUCAAGAGGAGAAGUAAGAGCAUCCUUAAGUGAAAUCGAUAAUCUCUAUUAAUUAACAACUUCUUGCUUAUAGUUCUGAAACAAGGAUAUUAAUAUUUGACAAAACAAAAAAUUUUUCAUUUGUUUAAUAGUUAGAUUGCGAAAGUGAUAUUUCAGCUUUACGUUCAGUUACAUUAGAAGAUAAUAAAACUUAUAUAAUUGCAAGGUAUAAUAAGGAUAAUAAUAAGUGUUGAAGAAAAUGAGGAAUCAUUUUAGUUAUAAUUUUGGGAUUGGGAAAACUUUGAAAAAUGGAAAGUCAUUAAUGCUCACAAUAAGUAUAUUUGGUAGAUCAUCAAUUUACCUAAAAAUCUAAUAGCAUCAUGUUCAGAAGAUGCAGUAAAUAUCUAUUUUUAUUUAAGACUAUUAAAAUUUUUGAUGCUUAAAACUAAGAAUAAUUGUAGCAAAUUGAUGUUCAUUAGGCAAGUGUCAAUGACAUAGCUUUAAUAACUCCAGACAUAAUAGUCUCAGUAUCAGAUGAUUGCACUCUAGUAGCUUCAAAUUAUUUGAAUGGAGAUUUAGUAGGAAUAGUUGCUCAGGAUAGUGAAAUUAAGUCAGUGAUUGCCUUAGAUGGAGUUAGAUUUGUUACUGGAAAUAGUUCUGGAGAAGUAAUAGUCUACACAUUUAUUUAAUCAAUUGAAAUUUAGUAAAUUAUUAAGGUUCAUGAUUCUGUAGUUAGAUUUCUUAGUAGAAUAGACUAAAAGUAAAUAAAUUUUAUCAAAUUCUAUUAGGUUAUUUGUAACUUCCUCCUGGGAUGGCACUCACAAAUUCAUUUCUCUUACUGAUGGAGAAAUCAAAGCUAUUAAUGGUCCAAAAAAGAAUUUCUCUGAACCCCUUCUUUGGAUUUAAGAUAUCGGUUGUCUUGUAGCCUCAGCAGGUGGAAUUCUACAAAAAUACAAAUGA